CUGAUACACUAAGAUAAGCACCAUUAUCUAACGGCAAAUUCACAGUCGAUUUACGAAGUAUAGGUACAUCGCGAUAAACGACAUAAAAUCAAGACAGACAAAGAUUAGAAAAAUUACAUCAUCUUCAAUAAUCUGUCAACAUUAUUAACGUAACUAAAAAUGCGCGGCAAAGAGUAAUUGAUUUUGGGUUUUCGAGAAAUUUGUGGACACAUUUUGAGUUAUGAUAUUAUUACGGACUGUUGGACUUUAACGUUGAUAACGUAAUCUCAUUUUAUCUAAACGUUACGUCAUAAUUAUUAGAAACAAAAGCGUGUUCAUUGAAGCAGAGCCAUGAGUACACUAGCGAAUACAGAAAAAAACAUCACGAUUAAAGCUCAAUGGGGCAAAAUAGCAGCCAUAACUUGGGGCAAUUCGUCAAAUCCACCCGUGCUUCUGUGCCCUGGAAGAAUGGUCCCUUGCUCCAGCUUCCGACCGCUCAUCAAACGAAUGCCUGACUGCUUCUUCUACGUAGCUCUCGACCUGCCUGGCAGCGGCUGGUCAGACCAUCUACCACCAGGCAUCCGGUACACUGUGUUCGAUUUAGUGCCAUCAAUUGUGAAGGUGGUGGAACACUUCAAAUGGGAGAAGAUUAUGUUUAUAGGACACUCUUUGGGGACUGUUCUUGGAACAUACUUUAACAUGGCGUAUCCGAACCGUGUAACCCGUUUCGUCCAACUGGACCCCAUACCCCUGUACCACACGGUGAUCCCGGAGACCUUCGAGGCCUGGUACCAGGAAUACUAUCGCAGCAAUUAUGAUGACAAUCAGUACGUAAAGCAUACCAGUGGACGGCAUACAGCACCCCGAUAUAGCUUGGAUGAUAUAAAAAGGCGACUGAUGACAGCCCAUAAAAUUAAUGAGGAAACCCUAGAGCACGUAUUAGACAGAUAUAUCGAACCAGCCGGAGAUGGCUUGUACAGGUUCACCUACGACCAACGCAUGAAGAACACCACCACGAUGCCCUUCUCACCGGACAACUUAAAAUUAAUCUUGACAUCAGCGAAAAUCCCCAUCCUCGCAAUUUUCGCCAAAUUUGUCAUAGACGCGGGAGCAUAUUCCAAAGUACCCUUCGCAUUUGACACAAAAGCGUGGCCGCAUAAUAAUUACGGGUACAAAAUAGUGUCCGGAUAUCACGACGUGCAUAUGAGUAGCCCUGAGUUAAUGGCUGAUGAUAUAGCUAAGUUUUUAUUACAAUCAAAAGCUAAGUUGUAAUUAGUUGGAGGUUUUUGGUAGCCCAGCCCAACUGGGGUCCUUUGGGGGCAUGGGCCAAGAUCGGGCUGUGAAGGAAGGUUACCUGAGCCGGCCUGGUGGUCGGGGACCAGUAGGUCGGUCCAGGUACUGCUGGAUUGACAGUGUGGCCAGCAGUUGUCGGGAGUUAGCUCAGGACAGGGAGCGCUGGAAGUUUCUCAUUUCUGAGGCACUGUGUGAGUGGAGAUUUUUGGUUCGAUGAGAAGUGAUUAUUCAUGUAUAGCAUAUUAUUCAUAAAAACAAUGCAGUCAAUCUCUUAUUAUUUAUUAUUCUUAUUCUCGUAGCACAAUUAGAUAGAAAGAUAUGAAAGAGUGCUUUACUGCAGUGCAGGAUCACAUAUUGUA